UAAAAAUCGUUUGUUUUUCGUGCGGAUCUUGCGCAUGAAUACGUAAGCACACCUGGGGUUGAUACUUGAAACGGUCAUGUGACACGCCUCAAUAGAGCGCUUCGGUAACGGAUAGCUCACACGCCACGAUAGCUCAACGGCAAGUGGUGAGGUGUAAAGGUGUUUUGAAGAUCCAGGUGACCUAACUAACUUCCUUGACGAGGCAACGUUCACGGUGAGCUUGAGACUGACUGGUCCUUUUUGCAAGAUCUUACAGCAGAACCAAGCCAACAGCCGCCAUGUUCCGUUCCGACGAUUACGAUGUGUCUGGCGGGUAUUGUGACUCCGACGUCAAUAGCGGGAGCGACAGAGAAUCAAUGGAAGAGGGCUCUUGCUAUGUCGAUAUCAAAAAUAAAGCCCAUGGACGCAAGCUUCUUGCUGAACUUGCCAGCCAGCGUAAGAACGGGGAAUUCCUUGAUGUUGUGGUACAAGUAGAGGGUAGGGACUUCCCUUGCCACCGGGCUGUGCUGGCAUCUACAACAUACUUUAAAACCAUGCUGUCGUCCAACUUCACUGAAAGUACCACAAAGGCCGUGCAACUCCAUGGCAUUGACUCCUCCAGCUUCUCUAAGAUCCUGGACUUCCUGUAUACCGGGGAAAUACGCAUCAGGAAAGACGAUGUCCAAGACGUUCUACAGACGGCACACAUGCUACGGUUCGACACGAUUCUGCAGUACUGCAAGAAAUUCAUCCAAGACAACCUUUGCCCGAAUAACUGUCUGGGCGUCUUGCGCCUGGCACACAUGUAUGACGAUCUUUCUGACCUGAAGAAGAGCGCGAGGACCAUGACAGUCUCAAACUUCUCAGAUGCCACACAAGACGAGGAGUUCCUUAGCCUUUCGCUGGAAGAUCUCUUAGAUCUACUCGGAGACGAAGAUCUGAAAGCUGAAGACGACGUUGUCAAUUCUGUGAUAAGGUGGCUCGACCAUGCCCCCGAGAGCCGUCAAACAGCAAUCUUAAAGAUUUUGCCAGAGAUUCGUCUAUCUUGCGUGAAAGUCAGCGUGCUACGGAAGCUCGAAUCACACCCUACAAUACGGGACUCCGCAGAAUGCGUCGCAAAGAUCACAGCAGCCAGAGAGAAACAUCUUUCUGGUACACAGGUAGUUAAUGUUACAGAGAAAGAAGAGGCAAGAAGUAACAGACGCGGGGUAUCGGACAACCUGGCAAUCAUUGUCGGCGGUUGGAAGGCAGUCAAUAAACCACAUCUCCGCGAUAACAACGAGUCAGAACCCCUUCCAGUACACCCUUCGCCUGGGCCCCUGCAAAGCAUAAUUUGCUUAGAUCCAGAUAAUCAACAAUAUUACCACAUAGCUAACCUUCCAACGCCUGUCAAUGGGUACAUGGGUGUGGCAAAUGCAGGGGAACACCUGUACGUGACAGGUGGGCGGGAGAAGCGUCUUAUCGGCAAGGGUCCUCACCCUAGCCCAUCCAGGCAAGCAUUUCGGUACCAUUUCCCCUCAGACAUGUGGCUGAGGUUGCCCGACAUCCCCCUCGGAAGGGCAGGGCAUCAGUCGGUGGUCGUUGACGGGAAACUCCUUCUGGUCGGCGGUGACACUGAGGAGACGUCUUUGGUGACCAUGGAUUGCUAUGAUCCCGACGAAGCAGCUUGGAUAAAGCUACCCGUGCCACCUACAUUAUUCACUCAGUCAUUCACAAAGAUGACGAUGACAGCUUUCGGAGACAACGUUGUAUUCAUCACGGUGACUCCAACAGAGUCAGAGCGACUCUUCAACCUGUGUGUGCAUUUGUUUGAUGUGAAAACCAACGGCUGGAGGAAAGCCGAUACAUUUUUUGGGAACGCUUGGGCGAUGGUCCCAGACGUCUUUCUUCCGACUUCUUCCAAUGGCAAGCUUUAUAUCCGUGCCGUAUAUACAGCGACAUCACAUUAUUCCGAACAGUUCAUUUUCGACGACGAGAAGGAGACCCUCAAUUGUGACGAUAAACAAUAUUUCAUAGAUGACUUCCUUCGCGCGCGAAGGGAGUACCACUACUUCUCCACGAAAGGAAAAGAAAUUGUGGAUACCAUCAGCAACUACGGGUCAGGAAACAACUACUUUCCAAAAAAGUGCGCGCCUCUUCCCUUUGCCUUAUUCGGCCAAAGCUUCCUUGAAAUCCAUAAGAGCCGAGUGGGAUGGUACUGCCGGGAUCUUGCUGUACUGAAGGAAGAGGACGAAUGAGAGGGUUCGGAUUAGGACUUUUGUAAUCAUGAUACACCAGCAAUACGAACAAAGAUGUAGUUUUGUUCUGUUGGUGGAAGGUUUUUAAACUGAGAGCUGAUCUUGCCCUCAAUUUUGGAUGCAAGUGACUUGUCAGUUGUAACUGCCUGCCACAGCAAUUUCUUUGUAACUUUGCGCUUGGGAAGUCUUAUGCUCAGUUUGACAGUAGCA